ACUUUGCAAUGUUAGAGGUGAUGGUGGUUGUGAUGGAGUCGAACUGCGCGCUGCCGAAAUCAUCCUGCUGAAAACAUGAUGACAAUCAAAUUAAUUUAAAUUUGUAUAUUUCAAGUUGCAAUGGGAAUGAUAACACACCAUGAAAACUACGUGGUUAUGAUGAUCAUGAAAAUUCCGAUCGCCAUUGUUUCGAUAAUGACGAUGACAUUAUCAUGGAAGUAACAUUAUAACGUAGAUAUUUCAUCAUUCUAAAUUUUACUUACGAGUUACCUAAUUUCCGUAUUGUUGACCAUGAGCAUGUAUCGUAAUUCAAUAAGUCUUCUAAUUAAUGUAAAGCGCUUAGAGAUCUUAAUAUUAAAUGCUCUAUAAAUGCAAUAUUAUUAUUAUUGUUAUCAUAUUGAGAGCGUGUACUCGAAAACCUCUAGACAUUUUGUCUCAGUGUAUCAUAACAAUGAUGAUAAUGAUGAUAAACUGUUUUCCCAGCGGCCCCUGCAUUUCGAUAUUUAAAAAAUGACAGAUUUACUGCGUUUUAAUGAACUGAUCGAGUAUUAAUUUUUUUUUAUAUUUUGCUAUCUGUUACUAUGGUGAUUAUGGAACCGUCUGUACAUGGUACAUGUACAUCAACUCAGCAUGAGGAAUAAAUGAAUCCCUACAGUCAUAUGUCAAUCAGGGUAUUACUUUAGUCGUUUAUAUGGGUUGAAAAAUCUCUAGCAUCUAGACGAUGCUUUCAUCUUUAAUGAUAAUAAUAAUAUGACUUUAAAGGCUUCAGAUGACCUUUUCCCAUCGCGUUUAAAUAUAUUCACCUAACAUAGUCUCCCGCAUAGUCUAUAACAUAUUUCUUUCAACUCUGAUCAUAAGAACUUGUUAUUCUUAAAACUUAACAGCAAGCUAUCUUUGUCAUUUAGUUUGAAUAAUCUUCCCGCUAAUCCAAAACUCUGAUGUGACAGUUUCCCCUCAAAAGCUAAUUGCAUCAGUCCGUGAUGUCCAUUAUCUAUAUUCAUUAUAAAUAUUUAAAAAAAUAUUUCGUUUUCUUUCGCUGUAUGAGUUCUAGCCAUCUUCCUUUAACAUGUUUAAUCAAGGAGGUUUCAAAUGAGAUGGAGUAACAGCAAAUAAAAUCUCUUUGAACAAGGUUAAAAACCGCCAGCAGAAAGUAUGUCAGGCAUGCACUUUGCUCAACAUCUCUUGCAAUUGUGUAGACAAAACUAUUCCCGCAUGACUCCGCAGCUAUAGGUCAUACAUAAAGGGAAAUAUGCUUUUGUGAUGAUACUUACUUUUUCGCCGCAUCUUGGUCUGGUUAUAAUUAUGUGUAGUAUACAUAAUUCGGAGGCAUGCGAAAAUAAACUAUGCAAUAUGUUUUGAAAUAUGACUCAAAUUUGCUCGACUGGGCAUGUGCGGGCACUCAUCUGGCAUAUACAGUAAUGAAUAACAAUAUUCCACCGACCACAUUUGAAAUUUUCAUUCGCCGCAAACGAUCGGAAAAGUGUUAAAAUCUGGUUUCAGUAAAGGUCAAAUCCUUUUUUUUUUACACUAAUUAAAGGUUAAUUGAUAUAAUAUGGGCAAAUAUCUCGUCGUAAUAGUGCUUGGUUAUUGAUGAUUUGUCAUGCAUUCAAAUUUCAGUUUGUUUAUUAAUAUGAAACAUGAAAAAUUUAUACAAAUGAAUAUUCGUAAAAUUUCACCCCUCGGAUUUCUUCGUUGAAACUGGCGGCUUCGAAGGCGGACAUCAAAAAGGUCCUUAUUGCCGUUCUUUCUUUUGUGCUUCUUUAGAAAUGAACAGCUGCUUGAAUAAAUUUGUUGCCUGUUGGAACUCCAGUCAUAGAAUCUUCUUGGUUUAAUAAAGAAUUGUACAUGUAUUCUGUUGUUUUUUAUUCCAAUAAAGUGUUCAUGUCGUAUAGUCAAAGCUUACAUCUUAUUUCGCGCUUGGAUUAAUAGGAGACAAAAUAAAAUGAUCAAAAUUGAAUUGCUCUCUCUCAUAAUGAAGGAGGUAAUCAAGCAUCAUAAUCUGUUUUCCUUUUUUAUAUCAUUAAAACAUUUAUCAUCAUCAUUACCAUGAAAACCAUUAUCCUUCUCAUUAACAUAUUUUAUUAUUAUCUGUAAAUCUUUUAUCUUUUUACUAUCAGUACAUUGAUUUAAUUUUCGUCGCGACGACGUGUAGUAUUAACUGAAUGCACAUACUAUAUAGAUGUACACCAUUAACCCAAGGUUAAACUGUAUGAAAUAUAAUUUCCUUCUCUCCAGUGUUGUAUAUAUAGUAUUUCAACUGAGAAGGCUGAAGAUACGUGGAUCCGUCCUAAUAAUGAACUGGUAAAUGAUAAAAUAUUCAUAUUGAUUGAUUGACUCCAUACGCUUCUCUCGUACGUAGAAGUAGAGGUUAUCUUCAGAUGAUAUUAAUGUUGUAUUGUAGUGUUGAUGGUAGCUAUCGAAUUGGCAAGCGAGAUUAAUUGACUAACUCAUAGUUAUGAUCACGCCAUGAUCAGGUGUAGUUCUCCUAAUAUCAUGAAUAUUAUAUGUCAUAACUGGACCGAACGCCGUGUUACUACACAGCAAAAACUGCGGUGUUAACCGGUGUACAUGAUGACCACACCAGUGAUUUUACACCGGUGUUAAAUUGACAGUGUUAGUUUAGCCCCUAUAGGUGUAAUUGCAACACCUUUGGUUGUUACAUGUACACUCUUUGGUGUUAUAUUCAAUCUCUAGGGUGUAAUUGUAACACCAGAGGGUGUGGUCCUCUAUCAACACCCACCGGUGUCAGUUUUAACACCACAGUUUUUACAGUGUACACAGAGAUGGAAAAACGUCAAAUUCUUUUCACUGGAGUUUUGGGACGGGCAAGCAUUGUGCAUAAUAUUGUUUUCAUGUUGGACUUUGGCUCCCUGAGCGGGAUUGAUCAGAUUGACAAGUUGUCACUUUAUAAAUAUAAAUAUCAAACCGAACAGAAUCCUAGUAUUGACAAUAUGAAUAAAUACAAACUUUAAUUUGGUCUCCUCACCUAUUGUGAUCUUUCGACGUAACGUUUGCCGAAACUUUGGACGGGCCGUAUGUGAUUGGUGGAGAAGUAUUUCACGUCACCUUCAUGUCUUGCGUUGAUUGGCUAGUUUCAGUGGGCAUGGUCCAUUCUCUCAUUCACAUCAACCUACCGUGUUUACGUACUGCACGUCGAAUACCGCGUCUCGAUAUAGAGGCGGUGUUCAUCUCAGAUAGACCACAUUCUCGUCAUCGUUUCAGUUUGGAUCACGAGCCCAUGCUUAAAAAUAAUAUCGUCUUAUGAAUCCUCUUCAUAUUUUAUACGUACCCUUUCCUUGUGAGAUCAUCUUCGAUUCUGAAUUUUAUAAUAACAUUGAAGGAAUAGUUGUAACCCAAAUUCUGAGUUUCACUUGAUGUUGAUGCGAUUCCUUUGCAGUCUUGAUCUUAUACAUUUUCUUGGUUGUGAUAGUUUGAAGUUGAACGAGUAACUUGGAUCAGCAUGGCAGAUGAAUCGAUGGCCAGCGAGCUGAAGUCAUUGAAGUUUUGGCAAGCAGUGAUUGCCGAAAUGGUGGGCAUGUUUUUCUUCAUCUUUAUCGGUAUCUCAUCGACUACCAGCUGGGCUCCUCCCGUCAUUCCAAGUCAGGUUCAGAUCUCACUCGCUUUCGGCUUGGCCCUGGCGACCUUCGUCCACGCUACCGCUCACAUCAGCGGUGGACAUCUCAACCCGGCGGUCUCCGUUGCCUUCUGGCUCCUUCAUAGAAUCACCCCUCUCAGAUGUUUCGCGUACUCCAUUGCUCAGUGCCUUGGCGCCAUGGCGGCAGCCGGUAUGGUCUAUGCCAUCACACCUUCCGGUGUCUCCAAUAACGUAGGGCCGACGACACCGGGUUCUGGGGUUCAAGACUGGCAGGCAUUCCUCAUGGAAGUUUGCCUGACAUUUCAGUUGGUGCUAGUCAUCUUCUCAACGGUUGAUAGUAAACGAGCUAGCCCUGGCGGAUCCGGUCCACUCGCCAUUGGUAUCGCUGUUCUCGUUGCUCAUCUUGCAGCGGUCAGUAUCAUUCAUUUUAAUAUUCAUUGCCCAUGUUGCUUAUGACCAUCAUUAUGUCUAGUACGAUUGCGAAGAAGAAGAUGAUGAUGAUCACCGGCGUAAACAUAAUAUGGGCUGGUGGUACUUUAAUCCUAAUCCUUUCUCCAAAAGGUCAAUGAUCUAUAAAAA